AUGGCGACCCCCACCCCACAGGAUCCAAGCUUCUCUCAUGCUCCAUCUCCGGAGCUUCCCGCACGACUCAAUAUUGUUUUACAACCACCUAAUCCUAUUGUUCGACAAGCCCUCGCCGACACCGCACCCCCCACUGCCCAAAUACCCAAUGAUGUCAAAAAUUGGGUAGUCGAUCUCAUCACCAAUGUGGUGGAGCAAAUGCGACAACAAACUGUUGCGCAUUAUGAGCUGCUAAUUAAUCAACAAGCAGAACGCGCUCAACAAAGCACCACAGAAUUUCACAAUCGCACGGUCUUCUUAGACCAGCAUCACCAACAAUCCGAGGCUCAAAUCUCGAACUUGGAAAAAACCUCAGCAGCGUUAGCUGAGGAUAACAAGGCCAUUAACGAAUUGUUGGUGGCAUUUGACGAUGAAGUCAAGGACCUCCAAACAAGGGCAGAAGACCUAAAGAAAUCACAUGAUCGACUUCGUGCAUGGGCAUCUACGCAGGGAAGGAAGGCAGGGCAAGGCGGUAACAAUGUCGACGACACGGACGAUGAUGAUGAGCCAUCGUUUGGUCGCAAGGGUAAAGGCGUAAAAAUUGACCAGCCAGAAAAAUAUGGCGGCAACAAGGACGGAGUCAAUCUCGAUGAUUGGCUUGAACAAGUAAUGCUCUGGUUGAAAUACACUGGACAUACCAAAGAUGAGUCCAAAAUUAUGUCUACCCUCUUGCUCCUGAAAGGAGGAGCACGUGAAUACAUGCGGCAUUGGAUUACCGACAUAAACGAAAAUAAUAAGGCACCCAGAACUUGGGCGGAGUUCGUCGCUGAACUUCGCACGGCAUACGAAUCAUUGGACAAGGAUGACAAGAAGCGAACGGAGCUAGAAGCCUUCGUCAAGAAGGAUCAUCAAGACUUCCGUCCAAAGGCAACCGGUACAGGCUUCUCGGAUCAAGACUUGAUCGAAAAAAUCAAGAAACAUAUUCAGGAGAAAACAUGGCUGCUCAUGCUAGCAGACACAACCAAGGACAACUGGCCCAAGAAGUGGACUGAGUUCCUUACAUUCGCACUUCGGAUAUUUACAUCACUACAACGAGAAGGCCACCAUGCCAAGGCUGAAACCAAGGACCUGAAUGCUAUGGAGGUUGACGCAGUCGGGAAGAAAGGGAAGAAUGCAGAGAGCGAAAGCUCUGACACCGAAGAAGAGAAAAAGCCGAAGAAGAAAAGUUCUUCCUCUAAGACUAAGGGGAAGAGUAAGGAGACAGCUGCGCAUAUCAGCGACCGCAGCAUCCACUCGGAAAGCGAGCCUGAUGCAUCCGAGUCAGACGAAGAUUUUGCCGCGAUCCUCUCAAGGCUCAGGCGCCUGAGGGCAAAUGGAUCCAGUUCAUCAAGGAAGGUGGGAGAGGGCUCUUCACGAAGGGAUCGGAAGGGUUUUCUCAAAGGGGAUCUGUAG